UCAGUGGAAGCAAGCCGCGAAGGACACCGCGGCGUUGCCGAGUUUCUAGCUCACUGGAUGAUCCUUAGUUGAUAAUUGUAAUGAUAUUUUGAACUUAUUUCAUACCGCGCAUCGCCGACCGUGCCAUUCGGAGGGAGGACAACAAACUACGCCGAGAAAAAAGUGUUGUAAACAAACGCGUUUUCAAUCUAGAUUUAAACCUGCGGAGUAAAUCUAUCUGUGUACUUGUACUUUUGAUAGCAACAACGUUUUAAAAGCCAUUGGUAGUCCAGCUGGGGGGUUUUCUGUACGAAUGUUUAAGGGUCACGAGGGGUAUGUGCUGUAUUUUACAGUGACGUUCUCUAAAGCAAAAGCAGCACAACAGCGAUAUUCAUCGUUAGGUUCGUGCUCCCGUCACCUCAUUUUGAUACAGAGCUUGUAACGAUGCAGACAAAACAAGGGAUAGCAAUGGGCUUGAUCUCUGGCAUCAUCUUUUUAACGUUCAUCGCAAUGGUUGAAAAUAAUGCAUGUGAAGAGAAAGGACAAUACAAUGCCGCGAAAGGGUUUUGCUGUCAACUUUGUCCUGCAGGAAGUAGGUUGCUUUAUGACUGCGAUUCCGAUGGCGAUCAUUCUCUCUGCACAACUUGUGUGCAAGGGAAGGACUACAUGGACGUCGAAAACCGCGAUCCUGCAUGCAAAAAGUGCAGCACCUGCAAUAUACUCUAUGAAGAUGUUCAACAGGACUGCACUCCCACUAGUGACACCGUGUGUCGGUGCAAGGAUGGAUACAAUCGGGUUCGUCCUUCGCAGCAUUGUGCAGUCAAACUAAACACAGAACAAACCAUUUUAAUUCCUGCUGGGAUUGUGACCUUCGUUGUCCUGAUGGCGGUGGUGUUGGGCAUAGUGAUGUAUCGGAAGAAGACACACCGAUACCCCUUUAAUGUUACUCGAAAGGGGACCGAGACUUGUCCUCUUCUACAUAUGGCGACUCCCAACGAUGAACUUGAGGAACUACGCAUGCUCAUCCAGAAGAAAAUGAAGUCCAGUGAUGCUGAAGUUUGGCGGCAGUUGCACACGUUGCUGCCAGAAGUGUAUAAAUCAAUCUCUGAAAACACCUUCUUUGUCUUGUAUGAGAUGUAUAUAAAAUACAACAUUGGGUUGUCAGUUUACUGGAAGGCUUACGAAACUACUGACAACUUAGCACGUGCAAUCUUUAUACUUAAAUAUUCUAUUCGUGAGGGUGAGGAGAUGUGCAAUGGGCUGCUGGAGAUGAUCCGUGCCGGACAGGACAAGCGAACGCAGCUAAAGACCCUGCUUGACACUGCCGUGAAAUGCUCGCCAACUCUUCAUCCAGACACGGCACAUAAACAACUUCUGAUCUCUGCUGAUCACAAGACAGCAUCAUGGAUUGACAACCCCUUGGAUAAAAACGAUCACCCAGAUCGGUUUGAUCACUGGACGUACGUGUUGUCCUUUGAGAGCUUCUCUGCAGGGUGCCACUGCUGGGUGGUAAAUGUGGGAGAUGUGGAUCAAAUUUGUGUUGGCGUCGCUUAUGAGAGGAUUCCACGGAAGGGAGGAGACAGUGCAUGCCUGAUGGGAUUAAACAGCAUGUCCUGGUGUUUACGGAAAUAUGAUAACAAUUACAGGGCCUGGCAUGACAAACAAUACACUGAGCUGCAAGUGGGUCAACAUCUUCGUAGAAUUGGUGUUGGCCUGGACUAUGAUGCAGGGGUUCUGAUAUUUUACAACGCUGACAACAAUCAGCAUCUACACACAUUUUAUGCUCGAUUCUCUCAACCCUUACAUGUUAAUCUCUCAGUGUGGAAUCAUUACCUUACCAUUGAACCUGUUAACAACGAUUAAAGGUAUAUUACUUUGAGUAACAUAUUCAUGAAAAACAAAUUAGCUCAAAUUUCUAGAUAAAUUCUCGUUGGAGAUGGCAGCAAGGACACCAAAGAAGGUCAAGCCAGACCUGUGAGCAGCAUUCUGUAUUGAUGUCUGGAAUAUGCUAACCACGAACGGGACUGGAUACUUCCGGAGUCCAUCGUACACUAACUGGCCAAAUAUAAUUUCAUAUCAGCUGAUAUCAUUGAGAACAGACUCGCAGGAAGUGAUCAAGCCACCAUUGACGGCGCAACCAUCCUGCAUUUUGGAGGUCAACAUCGCGUUUUUGGGGUCGCACUCAUUAGGCUCCCUUUCAACAAAUCGCUCGUAACAUGGACACCCAUCUCACCACAAACCUUGCUGGCCAGAAUACUGCAUCGACAAGGAUAUUUGUUGGUUGUUGUUGUAUAUACACCAACUGAACAGUCAAGCCCUUAUGAAAAAUACCACUUCAAUGAUCAAUUAAAUGGCUCGCUGCUUUAUAUAUCAAGGCAUGACAUGUCACUUCCCUCGGAGAUUAAAUGUCGUUACAGGCACCAACCACAGCGACUUAGAAUCUGUCAUAGGGCUUUUUGGCUCCAGGAGUCCCAAAGACAAGACGACCAGACUUCUGUCCUGCUCAUCUGAGGGCCUCACUGUUGUCCGCUCAUCGUAUCGUAAACUGAACAUCCACAGACAAACUUGGAUCUCAAAUUAUGGUCACACUACUAAAGAUAUAUAUCAUAUCCUGACCAAGGUCAGAACCAUAUUUAAAUCAUACCGGGUUUUCCAUGGAGCGGAGGCACCUUCUAACACAGACCACCACCUGGUUGUCACACGAGUUGCCCUCUACUUCUCAAUACCCAGGAAAUCUUCAGCCCAUUAAGCAGUAUGAUGUCCAGAGACUCGGGAACAGCCAUGACACUGAUGAUAAAUUCCCCAGGGCAGCUAAGUCUUACUUGGCAGCCUCCACUCUGAGACGAUUUUGAUGUCGAACGUUCCUGAAAAUCAAGAAUAAACAACUCCUCUGCCACAGUAUCAGAUGAUGUGCACCCGGAUUGGACUCCCGUCAGCCAUCUCCAGACUCACCGCAACUAUCCCCUAACCCUGGUCUGAUGUCAAGUUUGCCAAUCUGAGGCACGAUUCCAUGUAGUGGUGGCAAAAGGGAUUCCAGUAUACUGCUUGACCUGAUGCAGCCAAGUGCUAUGUGAGCGACCACGUGGUCGCCUCCAUCCUGAUGAUUAUAACGGCCAAGGCUGAUGUUGCAACAUAGCUUCAGCAGUGUGUGUACCAAGGUAGCAGGAUCCAUAUGCACAAUAUAUGUAUAUAUUUGUUGAACUUAUUUUGCACCAUACAUAGCCAACCAUACUAAUUGGAGGUGCAGUUAUCAAAAAAUUAGUUUUAAAUUAUAUUUAAAAGUGCAUAGCUCCAGUGGCUUCCUAAUAUUACAUGGCCAAAAGCCUCUGCGAAGAUGACCGGAGUUUGUGUGAUGGUUUAUGAUCCUUGACGAGAUCAGCAAGGUAUUAUUGUUAAUUUGUAGCAAAAACUUUGUAAUGAGCACAACCAUAUCAUAUAUUCGUUCCGCAACCGGAAGCCAAUGCAGCUUGGGGAGCAAUGGACGGAGAGGGUCGGAUCUUGCAGUACCCGUCACGACAUGUGCCAAAGAAUGUUGUAAACACUGCAGCUUCCUAAUGUUUUUGCCUGACGUCCCGUAGUGUGUUGAAAUAAUGGAGCCUUGUCGAUACCAAGUCCUGGAGUUUGUGAACGCCACACCUGAUCUUCCGACAUGUUUUUUCCUGAGCCCAAAUGCCAACCAGCAGAACCUAUUUUCCUGGAUUAAACAGCAUCUCGUUCAGUGCAAACCACACGAUCAAUGAGGCUAAAUAUAGCACUUUUUUUCUUCCAAAUCAUCAUUUUAUUGUAUGUUUAUACAUCGCCUUUGAUCAAUAAUUGGUACUGCAUAUUCUCAGAUUAGCACGAACCAUUGUAAUUUAUUGUGACUACAUUAACCCCAAUUCGCACCUGAUAAUCUGACAGUGAUGACAUCACCUUUACUCUACUUAAGACCAAAACAGGAAGACUUCUUCGCAAUUCUGACAAAUCGCCUGAAGAGGCUGGUUGAAAUUACCAGCAAAACGUCGUACUCGAAUUCUAAUGCAGUGGGUUUACUCUCUAACAUAUCGGUGUGCUGAAGUAAUUAAAUGUCACCCUUGUUUACGUGACAACCCUUACUUAUUGGCUGAGUCGGGUGGUGGCGGGUUUAACGACACAUUUAUAUUUACGCGGUCUAACCCAAAAUAACCUUUAUUACGCAUUUAAAUGCACAUACGAUCCCUGUUAUGAAAGCAUUGUUAAAUUUACAACGAAUGUUAUACAUUUUCAUGUAAUAUUGUAAUAAAUACUGUAUAGUAAAACAUAACAUAAAGUAACCUACAUUUUUAUUACCUCCAGUACUUGUCGGAAGGGGUGUAAUGAGUCCCCAAAAUUGCACACACACAGAGGCACAUGCGCGCAUCCACCCACACAACAACGACAACGAUCCCCCAUAUAGCCUAAACAGAUUGUUGGGGUAAGUGCUGUUCGCAUGCAGCGCCUAUGAAGGCUGGCCCGGCACACGAGGGGGUGGGUGACCAGCACCACGCCCGGCCGCAGUGGCGAUGUUUACACACUGCACCAGGUACUCAUUUCAGGCUGGGUUGAUCUAGCUGAGACCCAAGACCCAUUCAGAUUAUCGUCACUGGUAUUUGUCGUGAGUGGGAAUAGAGCUCAGGUCACCGGGUUAGUAGCACAGCGUGCUACCCAAUGCACUAACACACCCCACACACGGGGGGGGGGGGGGGGGGUCACGUGCACAUGCACACGUACACACACACUCGCUUUUACACACAUUCACUUUCACACACUCCCAGCGGGAUGCUGUGACUCAUUACAUCUCGCGGAGGAUCGCUCUGCUAAACAAAAUAGUUCACAAGUGUGAGUUCGCACUUUAGAAUUUUAAAAAAAUCGCAUGUUAGCUGGUUCGGACGU